CUCUCGCGGAGGAAGGUUAGCGCUUUUGUUUACGUUAUCGCGCUCUAUGUUCGGACAAAACACACACAAAAAAUACUAGCAAAAAGAGCUCUUGUUCUUCAGAAAGGAAAUUCAGUCGAUUGAUAGUCAACGUCGGUGUCGUCGUUGUCGGCGUCGUUGUUUUUUUUUUCAAUCGUGAAAAGUUCUUUAGUGACGCAAAACGAAGCUUUUGUUCAUAGUUUGUUUUCGUGCUGGUCCUAAAAUUGAUGAAAAUUCGAAAGUGCGUUGUUACACUGGUUUUUUGUGCAAUUACUGAUAAAAAAGAAAAAAUACGUGUUUCUGCAAGUGCCCUGACACACACAGAGUGCAUCUAUUGCGAACAAAGAAAGGAAUAUGUAAAUUUAAUCAAUUUGCACAGUGCCACAAGUGCACCAUAUAUGAAAGAGUUCGUUUUUAUUGAUCGAAAGUAAGCCGGAGUCGGGAUUUGUGUGCUGCCUUUUUUUCGCUGUUCUCCUGCUGAACGAAUCGUCGAUCCCUCACAGCAUCGUGAAUCACUUUAGGUCGAAGCGCUUAUUCAGCACGAACGAGGAUAGGCUAGGCUAGACUAGGCUAGGCUAGGACAACCGUUACUGCGACACAUAGCUACACGAAUGGAAGUAUGGAUAACGAGCAGCCACACCAGGAAUUGGUAAAAUGUGUCCUCGUAGGCGACACUGCUGUCGGCAAAACACGUCUGAUCUGUGCACGGGCCUGCAAUAAACAUGUAUCACUUUCGCAGUUACUCAACACGCAUGUGCCAACCGUGUGGGCCAUUGACCAAUAUCGGAUAUAUAAGGAUGUGCUGGAGCGAUCAUGGGAAAUUGUAGACGGCGUCAACGUCUCGCUCAGACUAUGGGACACUUUCGGUGACCAUGACAAGGACCGACGGUUCGCUUAUGGAAGAUCCGAUGUGGUGUUGCUAUGCUUUUCCAUAGCAAAUCCGGUGUCGCUGCGCCAUUGUCGCGCCAUGUGGUAUCCGGAGAUACGCAAAUUCUGUCCAGAUACGCCAGUGAUUCUGGUGGGAUGCAAGAAUGAUUUGCGGUAUAUGUACCGUGAUGAGACUUAUCUGUCCUACUUCGGCGAUCGGAGCCCAUUUGUUCGAGCAGCAAGAAAAAGUGAUCUGGUCAUGCCGGAUGAAGCUCGGGCAGUGGCCAAAGAGCUUGGCGUUGCGUACUAUGAAACAAGUGUGUUUACCUACUUUGGUGUGAAUGAAGUAUUUGAAAAUGCAAUCCGAGCCGCCUUGAUAGCGCGGCGUGAGCAUCGAUUCUGGAUGACUAAUCUAAAACGGGUGCAGCGACCUCUGCUACAAGCUCCUUUCCGACCGCCAAAACCUCCACCACCGGAAGUAACGGUGAUAACCGGUAGUCACACUAAAGAUAUGCUAAACAUGUUCAAUUCACAGUGCUACACAGAUUUAGUAUUAAUUGUCGGUACUAUACGUUUUUCCGUACAUAGAUUUAUGUUAGCUAGUAGUUCUAAUGCAUUUCAUAGGUUACUAACGAUGGACAUCUCUGACAUGGGUGCCCGCAGCAGCAGCGAGUCCAGUAUGGUCAGUUCCACAUUUGGCGAAUCGACUACGGCCGACUUCAACGAGGACACCGAGUGUCUGAUUCGAGCCGACCAGAACGCCCGGAAUCCUAACAGGAUGUGGGAGCAGCUGAAGCGACGAUCCAGCUAUCAAGCGCUGCCAACGGUAGAGCCGAAGAAAGAUCUUUACCGGGAGCUGCACCAUCCAGUUUUCCAAAGUAUUAGGAUAUUCCAGAUCGAAAAUGGAAAACACAGCUACACUCAAACGCAAACUAUAGUAGCUGUGAGUAAGCUAAUCACUCCUCAAGCAAUGCAGCAGUGUUUAAAAUUCAUUUACACGGGAGCCAUCGACCGGGAGUGCCUCGAUUUGCAAACGGCUACAAUAGGAUUAAUACUGGAAAUACGGCAAGCAGCCGAAUUCUUGGAACUCCCUCAACUGAUGGUACUUUUGUCGAACACGCAAGCAAACCAGAGUUUCAUGAACGAUGAAACCCUACAGCACUAUUCUACGUGCAUGAAGCAAAACCUAGAGAAAUAUUGUGUUCAGAAUGGGAUCUUCGGAGAUAUAACGUUCGAGCUGGACGAUGGACACAUGAAGGCUCACCGGGCCAUGUUGGUAGCACGGUGCGAUGUCAUGAAGGCGAUGUUGAACGGGGACUUCCGUGAAGCCCAUGCCAACUUGAUUGUACUUCCAGGCGUAACCGAAUACACAUUCCACAAGUUGUUGUGCUAUCUUUACACGGAUGAGAUACCGCCGAUUUCAGCGGACAAAUGUUUGAACCUUCUAGAACUAGCGAACAGACUGUGCUUACCACGAUUACUGAAUUUGGUCGAAUGUCGAGUUAUAGAAGAUCUCACGAGGAUGUCACAGAAUGAAACCAGUGAAGCUGUUGAGCAUUGUUUGAGGUUACUGGAACCGGUGAAGCUCCAUAAUGCGCAUCAAUUAGCCGAGUGGUGCAUGUCGUAUCUUUGUGUGAAUUACAACAGCAUUUGCAAGCUAUCUCCGAGGAGUUUGAAGGGCCUGCAUCCGGAUAACCAAGACUACCUACGAGAGCAUCGAUGGCCUCCGGUGUGGUAUUUGAAAGACUAUGAUUACUAUCAGCGGUGUAUGAAUGAGCUCAAUCGCGAACUGAAUAAUGGGAAGAAAGACUGUACGGCAGAUGACAAAGGUUGUCUAUGCUUUUCUGGAGUGUUUUUCUGGCUACUAGGUAAAUCGAAACGCUCGGCAGCGGCAGCCAAGUCGACACUGCAAACUGCAAUCACCGCCAGUUCAGAGCACCAGGACGUGGUCAGCACCAGUCUGUUCCAGUCCAAUGCCAACUCAGUGAACCAGCUUGAUCCGGAACAUGACGGAGCGGAUCUCUGACAUUUGGCUGACGGACCCUGGAGAUCGCUUCGCUUCAUCGUAAUUCUGCCGGUGUUGAUCUGCUUCAUCUGCACUAUCCUGAGCAUCCUGAUAAUAUUUCAAAUAUACACCUAAUAUUUGCUGUCGCGGUAGCCAC